UGUCAUGAUCUCUUGGGUACCUGUAUCAUAACGGAUUUUGUGGCCAGACCCAUGUAGCUUAGACACAGGAGAAACAUACUCCAAAGAAGUUGAGUUAAAGAUGUCCAUCUCACACAGCAAUUCAUCAUCUCUUGUCUUCUCCUCUCACAAUCCCACUUCUGUGGACAACUCCUUGGACUUACCUCCUGACUUGACCACGGCAUCGUUGGCCGGCCACAUGACCCAUAUGAAUGCAGGACACUAUGGCCAGGCGAUGGGAGCUCAGGGAAAUGGGCUGCCCCACACAGCAGACAACAGGAAUGGGGAGCCAGCAAUGGGAUUGGCAUACUUGCCCUAUUCAAGUUGUUUGACCUCAACCACCUCAGAGAGACCAGCACAACACAGCCACAUUGUGCAACAGGAAUUUUCCCAGUUUCUUCUACCUCCUCCUCCGUCCACACUUCGUCAGCCAGGCCCGAAGAGAGGCCUGAGUAAGGACAGCGUGGAAUACCGCUUGCGACGAGAGAGGAAUAAUAUCGCUGUGAGAAAGAGUCGUGAUAAGGCCCGCCGGCGCAUACAGCUCACCCAGCAGAGGGCGCUGCAGCUGCAGGAGGAAAAUCACAGGCUACAGCUUCACAUUGAACAACUUAGCCAUGAGUUGGACACACUCAGACACUAUCUCUCUCAACGGCACCUACAGUCUAAAGUAGAUGGCAUAGGAGUUGGAGAGAAUUCUUGAGGUACCUGAUUUUGAUUGAAAAAUAAAAUAGAAUAAAUUCACAGAUACCCUUUAAACCACAGUCAGGGAAUCUUUAGAGUUAAAUUAUAUGAUAUAAACCUAUUCAGUUUGUAGAACCAUAAAUUAGUCUGUGGGGGAAAAAAAUGCAAUGAAAAUGAACUCAUCAGAGGGUUACAACUAUUUUUCACCAUGCCCAGGGCAGCCACUGUGCUGUUUCUCCUUUCUCUUUCUCUCUCUCUCUCUCUCUCUCUCUCUCUCUCUCUCUCUCUCUCUCUCUCUCUCUCUCUCUGUCAUGAGAGAUUUGAAAAAGGCCAUAUGUUUGACAGUAUGAACAGUCUCAGUACUAAUCUGAUCAUGAAACAUCCUUAGUGGGACUUUGUCAGUUGUUUAAAAUAAGGUGGAUCAUUACAACAUGGAAAUUAUAUCUGUUGAUAAUUCAUGAGAAUAUCUAUUGUGAAGUCAAUACUGGUUUGGGAGAGAUGUUACAGUAAGUCACAAUAGUAAUGGGUGGAUGUUUUCAACACCGUCAAUAAUGUUUAUUCUAAAAAAUAAACAAAAAAAGUAAUAUUUAAAAUAUAUGAUGCUCACAUGAUUUUCUAUUUUUGUCCUGAGCUGUCACAUACACAUUUACACAUCAGCAAAUGUGACAGUUAAUGCAUUUUGUCACACCUUUAAAUUUUUUUUACAUUUGUUUAACCAUGACUGUCCUAAUAUGUUUUCCUAAGUGCAAAAAAUAACUUUUACACUUUGUUUUGCUUACAAGUGAAAAGA